UUGUGCAAAGUACUUCCGGUGAGGUCACCGACGAGUUUUUAACGGGCGAUUUUUUUCUUGCAUUUGCCUAUGAUCGUUUUUCGUUUUUUAAAGACUUUUUGCUCAACUACAUUUACAUUCGUCCUGUAAAUAAUAGUGUUCGUCGGUCGCUGCGUUGACCCACUCUCGUACAACGACUUUACGACGCGGUUAGCCAACAGAGGCCAAAAGAGGAAGCAAUAGCCAACCAUCUUUAUUCCUACACUAGCAAUAACAAGAGAGACCAGGCUAGGUUCAAGUGGAGCUGACUUGUUUGCAGUUUUAUUGUCUAUUUUCUACCGGAUGAAAAGAAAAACUGAGUAAAACCUUCCUGUGUUAAAACAGACUAAAGGUUUCGGACGCGGUGCUCUUUCUCCGGCAACUCUGGAAGUUUCUGAUCAGAAGACUGGCUGUUAAGAAUUAGUAUUCCCCGUUUUUUCAUGUUUCCAACAGGUUUAUCUUCCCCUAAUCCCCCACCACAGCCAACCCAGGAGGCUAGACCGACGGCUACUGAUGUCAAAAGCGGUAGUGGAAACAUCACAUCUCCGAAGAAGAGGAAAAUAAACGGUUCAGAAAGGGGAGACACAAGUGACACCAUCUCGUCCUCCUCGCCUCCCAAAGCCCUGAAUUCCUCCUCCGGCUCCCCCGCCGCGCUGCACAUUCAGAAGAAGUUAAGGUUCGAGGACUCGGUGGAUUUCAUUGGGCUGGAUGUGAAAAUGGCUGAGGAGGCUGCCGCCGCGGCCAACGCCGCGUCUUCGUGCUCCAACAACAAAAGCAAAGCCGUGUUCCUGGCCGGCGGCGUGGGGCACCACGCGAACGGCUUGACGAAGACCGCAGGGUCUGGCACCUUCUCCAGCAGCAAACCCGGAGCUGCCAAGAAACUAGUCAUCAAGAACUUCCGAGAAAAACCCAAGUUACCGGAGAACUACACACAGGAAACCUGGCAGAAAUUGAGAGAGGCGGUGGAGGCCAUCCAGAACAGCACUUCCAUCAAGUACAACCUAGAGGAGCUUUACCAGGCUGUGGAAAACCUCUGCUCCCAUAAAGUAUCUGCCAAGCUUUACAAACAGCUGAGGGCUGCGUGUGAAGAUCACAUCAAGGCCCAAAUCGAUCAAUUCAGAGAGGAUGCCCUCGACAGUGUUCUUUUCCUGAAGAAAAUCGACAAGUGCUGGCAAGAUCACUGCAGACAAAUGAUCAUGAUUAGGAGUAUAUUUUUGUUUUUGGAUCGCACAUAUGUUUUACAGAAUUCAAUGUUGCCAUCAAUUUGGGACAUGGGUCUGGAACUGUUUCGGUUCUACAUCAUCAGCGAUUUGAAGGUCCAGAGUAAAACCAUCAACGGGAUCCUGCUGCUCAUUGAGAGGGAACGAAACGGAGAGGCCAUAGACCGCAGUCUGCUGAGGAGCCUGCUGAGCAUGCUCUCUGACCUGCAGAUUUAUCAAGAUUCCUUUGAGCAGCGCUUUUUGGAGGAAACAAACCGAUUGUACGCUGCAGAGGGACAGAGGCUGAUGCAGGAGAGAGAGGUUCCAGAGUAUCUCCACCAUGUUAACAAACGUCUGGAGGAAGAGGCUGACAGAGUAAUCACAUAUCUAGACCAGAGCACACAAAAACCUCUCAUCGCUACAGUAGAGAAGCAGCUGCUUGGCGAACAUCUCACAGCGACUCUUCAAAAAGGGCUAACUCAACUUCUGGACGAGAACAGAAUCCAGGAUCUGUCUCUUCUCUAUCAGCUUUUCAGUCGAGUACGAGGUGGUGUUCAGGUGCUCCUGCAGCACUGGAUAGAGUACAUAAAGGCCUUUGGCAGCACAAUCGUUAUCAACCCAGAAAAAGACAAAACAAUGGUGCAAGAACUGCUUGACUUCAAAGAUAAGGUGGAUCACAUCAUUGACGUGUGCUUCAUAAGGAAUGAAAAGUUUGUUAACGCUAUGAAGGAGGCUUUUGAGACGUUCAUCAACAAACGGCCAAAUAAACCAGCAGAGCUCAUAGCAAAACAUGUGGAUUCAAAGCUGAGAGCAGGAAACAAAGAAGCAACAGAUGAAGAACUGGAGAAGAUGCUGGAUAAGAUCAUGAUUAUCUUUAGAUUCAUCUAUGGAAAAGAUGUGUUUGAGGCCUUCUACAAAAAAGAUCUGGCAAAGAGGUUGCUGGUGGGAAAAAGUGCCUCGGUGGACGCCGAAAAGUCGAUGUUAUCAAAGCUAAAGCACGAAUGUGGAGCCGCGUUCACCAGCAAGUUAGAGGGAAUGUUCAAGGAUAUGGAGCUCUCUAAAGACAUCAUGGUGCAGUUCAAACAGUACAUGCAGUGCCAAAACAUUCCUGGGAACAUUGAGCUGACGGUGAACAUCCUCACCAUGGGCUACUGGCCAACGUAUGUGCCGAUGGAAGUGCAUCUGCCUCCGGAGAUGGUGCGACUGCAAGAGAUCUUUAAGACUUUUUACCUGGGCAAACACAGCGGCCGGAAGCUGCAGUGGCAGUCAACGUUAGGCCACUGUGUUUUAAAAGCUGAAUUCAAAGAGGGAAAGAAGGAACUCCAGGUGUCACUUUUUCAAACUCUGGUGCUGCUGAUGUUUAAUGAAGGGGAAGAGUUCAGCCUGGAAGAGAUCAAACUAGCCACAGGAAUAGAGGAUGGUGAACUGCGCCGGACGCUUCAGUCGCUGGCUUGUGGGAAAGCUCGAGUCCUCACCAAAAUCCCAAAAAGCAAAGACGUGGAGGACGGGGACAAGUUUUCCUGCAACAACGACUUCAAACACAAACUCUUCAGGAUCAAGAUAAACCAGAUUCAGAUGAAAGAAACGGUGGAGGAGCAAGCCAGCACCACGGAAAGGGUCUUUCAGGAUCGACAGUAUCAGAUUGAUGCCGCCAUCGUACGGAUCAUGAAGAUGAGGAAGACUCUGAGCCAUAAUCUCUUGAUGUCGGAAGUGUAUAACCAGCUCAAGUUCCCUGUCAAGCCUGCUGACCUGAAGAAGAGGAUAGAGUCUCUUAUUGACAGAGACUACAUGGAGCGUGACAAGGAAAACUCCAACCAGUACAACUAUGUGGCCUAAAGAAAAGACGAACUGCAGUCGGUUCAUUUGGGAUGAAAGCCCUCCGAGUGAUCGGCCUUUGAAUCUUUUUUCCUCCGGUGGAUGUACGCCGUUAUUCCUUUCACCGCAGCAACCGACAAGCCGGUGGCGACCGCUCCACAGGGUUUUUCGUUGGAGGUCUUGUGAUCCUGUGGACUGCAUGGCCACAGAAAAAGAGAAUAUCUCCCAUAUUUCUCAGCACUUCUGAGAAAACUCGGACAAAGACAACACAGUUCAGUUUACUGUCUUUUUUUUUUUUUUAAUGGAGAGGAAAAAUAUUUAUUUUCAAACUUAGAUUCUUUGUCCAUAGUUUGUUAUCAAGUUGUUUUUCCCCCUUCUUGUUCAUCCCAUUGCUAAUAUUGACACACCAAUUAAUGCUCUAAAUGUACAUCGUUUGAUUAAAAAAACAGGAUUCACAUGCCUGUUUCCAACACUUGGCGAGGAUCGCACCGAUGGACAGUUUUUAAAAGGCUGUAAAGCCAUAAGAUAACGCAGUGAUCAUCAACACAACAUGUUUAAGACUAGAGUUUGUGCCAAAAAAAAGCAGCACUUGUUUUGUUACAGGGUGUUUUUGAAGCAAUUCAGUUGUAUAAGGAUAUGGAUACUAUUGGUGACUUUUUUUUUCUCCCCUUUGUUUUCCUUUCUUUGUACAUUUGUAUACAUUCAUUAUCCUUGACAUUUUAAAUGACCCACCUGACAGUCAAGUGCUUUAUUGUUUUUUUUUUCUUUAAGGCAUGAAAAAGUGAGUCUGUUAAGAUUCUGAUGCCAUACUACAUACUUUUAUCUCUCCGUGUACGGCAGUCUGGCAUUUAUGACAAGUGGAGGGAAGUGAUUGAUUAGACACACGUUUGUAUUAGCCUGUUAGACUUAUUGAUUCACAUUAAAAAAAUGAAUCUGG